UCCGCCGGGAGGGCAGAACCGCCACCCCCGCGGGGGUCCCGACCCACGGCUGAGCCCCCCUGACGGCCGCGAUGGUGGAGGAGAGCGCGGGGGGCGCAGCGCGGGGGUCUGCGGUGGGUCCCUGCCGCCCCCCCAGGGCCCCCAGCCCCAAAAGGCUGUGGAGCGUGGAGCGCUCCGGGAGGGGCUGGCGGCUGGAGCGCCCCGUGGGGGUGGAUUGCAGCUCCCCCGAGCCCCGCUGCAUUUGGCUGAGCAGCCUCCGCCGCCACGCCGCCGCCCGCGACCCCCGCCCGCCCCCGGGACCCCGCGGGCUGAGGAACGAGCGGCGCCGCCGGCCAACGCCGGGCCGGAGAGAUGGGGCGUCCCCAAACGCCAACGCACCCCCGGAGGGGGGGUCCUUCCCCUGGGUGGGGCCCAAGACGGUGGCGCUGCGCAAGAGCCCCCAGGGCGGCUUCGGCUUCACCCUGCGGCACUUCAUCGUGUACCCGCCGGAAUCGGCCGUGCUCUCGGCCAAGGAGGAGGAGAAUGGGAACCGAGCAGGUCCCACCCGGAGCCGCCUGGAGCCCAUGGACACGAUCUUCGUGAAGAACGUGCGGGAGGACGGGCCCGCGCACCAGGCGGGGCUGCGAACGGGUGACCGGCUGGUCAAGGUGAACGGGGAGAGCAUCAUCGGCAAAACCUACUCCCAGGUGAUCGCCCUGAUCCAGAACAGUGACGAUGUGCUGGAGCUCUCCAUCAUGCCCAAGGACGAGGACAUCCUCCAGCUGGCCUACUCCCAGGACGCCUACCUGAAGGGCAACGAGCCCUACUCCGGGGGGGCUCAGAGCAUCCCCGAGCCCCCUCCCAUCUGCUACCCGCGCAAAACUUACCCCUUCCAGUCCCGGGCUGCCGACCCCAGCCCCGGCCACCCGCCGGACCCCCGCGCCCCCCGCCCGCCCGCCGCCGCUCCCUCGGCCCCGCCCGGCGACACCGGCGGCAGCCCCGCACACCGGCCCGAGGAGCCGCAGCCCGGGGGUCCCUCCCCGCGGCCCCCCGCACCCCCCGGCUCCUUCUCCCGCCCCUCCUGCCCCGCCGGCACCGCAUCCUACGGGAUGUCCCCGGCCACCGCCACCUCCUACGGCGUCCCCAAGCACGUCCCGGAGCACCGGACUCACUGCGGCUUCAAGGAGAGCGUCGGGGGGCUCUCACCAGCCGGGCGACCACCGCGGGAGGUGUCGGUGGCCCAGCGCGUGCCCGGUCGCCAGGAGUGCCAGCAGGCGCUGUCGCGCUGGUUGUGCAGCGGCGCCCCGGAGGAGCGGCGACACGCCAUGCCCCGCUACCGCAGCGUGUCCCACGAUCGCCUCGGCGGCUCCGCGGUUGCCCACCCGGCCCGGGGGUGGCCCCACAGCGCCUCGCACGACACGCUGCUGCAGCCCAGCCGCGAGGGCUGCGCCCCCCGAGCGCGCUCCGACCAUUACCUGGGCAGGUACGGGCGCUCCAUGGAGGCGCUGGAGCUCCCGCCGCACCUCGAGCGCUCCCCGUGGCCCCCCGAGCGGCUCAGCCGGGCCACGGCGGCCACCACCCAGCCCACCCCACCCGCCCCCUUCGCCGCUUCACCCUCCUCUUCCUCCUCCUCGCCGCGGGAGGUGCAGAAACACCCGUCGCAGCCCAACCUGCAGAGCGUGGACGACUCGGGCUACAUCGGCUACCGCAGCUACAGCCCGUCCUUCCAGCGCCGCACGGGGCUGCUGCACGCCCUGGCCUGCCGCGACCCUGCCUUCGGCGGGCUACCAACCUUCAGCCUCGCCCAGCGGGCGGUAGCCCCGCUCAGGGACAGCGCGGCCACCGCCGCCACCCCCUGUGCGGUCAGCCCGGCCGUGUCCAGCGCGCCGCGGGAGGCGCGGCCGGAGGGUGGCCGAGCGUCCGAGGCGGAGGAGCGCAGGGAGGAGGUGGUGCUGCGGCAGAAGCCGCCCACGGGCCGCAAGGUGCCCGCGCCGCUGCGGCAGAUGAAUUUCGUGUUCGCCGAGGGGGCCAAGGACGCGGAGGUUGGUGACAGAGGGGACAGGCCGGGCGGCGAGCGGCCGGGCCGGCGAGUGGCUCCCUUGGCGGCCCCCGAGGACUCGCUGGCGUCCAUCCCCUUCAUCGACGAACCCACCAGCCCCAGCAUCGACCUGAAGGCCAAGCACGUCCCGGCCUCCUCGGUGGUGUCCAGCGCCAUGAACUCGGCGCCCGCCGUGGCCACCAGCCCCGCCUCGCCCACCUUCGCCUUCGCCCUGUCCCGCCACUACUCCCAGGACUGCAGCAGCAUCAAGGCCGGCCGCCGCUCCUCCUACCUGCUGGCCAUCACCACCGAGCGCUCCAAGUCCUGCGACGACGGUCUGAACGCCUUCCGGGACGAGGGCAAGAUCCUCAGGAGGAUGCCCAGCCGGGUCCCCAGCCUCCGCAUGCUGAGGAGCUUCUUCACCGACGGGUCUCUGGACAGCCUGGGCACGGCGGAGGACGCCCGCUCCAAGCGCCGCUCCGCCUCCGAGCUCCCGGCCGCGCCGCUCAGCGCCGUGAGGAGGGAGGGCUGGCUCCACUGCAAGCAGAUCCUCACCAAAAAGGGGAAGAAGGUCGGCGGAGGCAUCCGGCAGUGGAAGCGCGUGUUCGCCGCGCUGCGCGCGCACUCGCUGUACCUGUGCAAGGACAGGCGGGAGGCCGUCACCUGCGCCCCGGCCCCAGGUGAGGAGGAGCCGCCGAUCAGCAUCCAAGCGUGCCUGGUGGACAUCUCCUACAGCGAGACCAAGAGGAAGCACGUCUUCCGCCUGACGACCGCUGACUUCUGUGAAUAUCUCUUUCAGGCAGAGGAUCGGGAAGACAUGCUGGCCUGGAUCAAAGUCAUCAGGGAGAACAGCAAGGCUGAGGGCGAGGACCCCGGUUUUGCCAGCCAAGCCCUUAUCAGCAAGAAGUUAAACGACUACAGGAAAGUGAGCCCUGCGGGCGCCAAGCCCGACUCGUCGCCCAAGGGCCCGCGAGGGCUGGGGAUCCGAGCCGAGUUCCUGAAGCAGACGGGAACCAGCGCGCCCCGGUCCCCCCGGCAGGAGGUGGCUGUCACUAAAGAUGAAAGCAGCUCCCAAAAAGCCCCGUGGGGCAUCAACAUCAUGAAGAAGAACAAGAAAUCUGCUCCGCGCGCCUUCGGCGUCAGGCUGGAGGAUUGUCAGCCUGCCCCUGACAACAAGAACGUGCCCCUGAUCGUGGAGGCGUGCUGCAAGGUGGUGGAGGACCGGGGGCUGGAGUACAUGGGCAUCUACCGCGUGCCCGGCAACAACGCCGUGGUGUCCAGCCUGCAGGAGCAGCUCAACAAGGGCGCCACCGAGAUCAACCUGCAGGACGAGCGCUGGCAGGACCUGAACGUCAUCAGCAGCCUCUUGAAGUCCUUCUUCCGAAAGCUGCCCGAGCCCCUCUUCACCGACGAUAAAUACAACGACUUCAUCGAAGCCAACCGGAUCGAGGACGCCAGUGAGAGGAUGAGGACGCUGAGGAAGCUGAUCCGGGACCUGCCGGGCCAUUACUACGAAACCCUCAAAUUCCUGGUGGGCCACCUCAAAACCAUCGCUGACCACUCGGAGAAGAACAAGAUGGAGCCCCGGAACCUGGCGCUGGUGUUCGGCCCCACGCUGGUGCGAACGUCCGAGGACAACAUGACCGACAUGGUGACGCACAUGCCCGACCGCUACAAGAUCGUGGAGACCCUCAUCCAGCACUCGGAUUGGUUCUUCAGCGACAAGGAGGACAAGGGUGAGAAGACCCCCGUGGAUGAGAAGGAGGCUCAGUCCGUGCCCAACAUCGAGUACCUGCUGCCCAACAUCGGCAGGACGGCGGCGCCCGGCGAUGCCGCAGGCUCGGCCCGCAGCGGCUCCGCCAAACCCAAGGGCACGUGGCCGUCGCGCAAAGCUCCGCCGCACCGCGAGCUCCUCGCCAUCCCCUUCGUCUCGGCCGCCGCCCGCAAGAGGAAGAAGAGGAGAGAGGCCGAAGGCGUUGGGAGCAGCACCGACGACGACGCGGAGCGCAGGGACAGCCCGGGCCGGCAGCAGCAGCGGGAGGUGACACCGGGAAAAGCCCCCCGGGCCACCAGCAGCAGCGAGCCCGCGGCCCCCGGGGUGCAGCGGGAAUGUCCCGCAGGCUCCGAACCGGCUCCGGACGCGCGAUCCAUCGUGUCCGGCUACUCCACGCUGUCCACCAUGGACCGCAGCCUGUGCUCCGAGGUGCCCUCGGUGGCCGGGAGCCGCGGCGAGGAGGCGGAUGACGAGCGCAGCGAGCUCAGCCACAUGGAGACGGACACGGAGAGCCGCGAGGCCGGGCUGAGGACGGCGACGGCGACAGGCGACCGCGACAAGUCACCGCUGAGCCGCCCGUCCUUCAGCUCGCGCCGCCUGAUCCAGUGCGACACGCUGGCCCGCAGGAAACUGGGGAGGGCGCGGGCGGCCGGCGACACCAGCGGCGACGAGCAGAGCUGGGUGGCCCCGGGGCAAACCCGGCAGCACCUGCGGGGCUCGGUCGGUGACAUGAGGGACGUGGCGGGGGACACGCUGGGGGACAAGGGGGUCCGCCUGCGCCGCGCGCACUCCCCCGAGACCCGGCGCAAGAAGAGCAGCUGGCGCCGGCACACGGUGGUGGUGCCCGGCGGCCUCAAGGACCUCAACUUCAACGAGUGGAAGGAGCCGCGGCGCCUCGAGGCGACACCGCGACCCUGUCGCGAUAAAGACUCGGGGCUCAGCAGCCUGGAGUCCACCAAAGCCCGGCCCGCGGGUCCCGGCCCGGCUGCUCCCGGCCAGGGCGCGGCCACCAAGAGCCCCCCCGGUAGCCCCGGGCCCGCCCUGCGCUUCCCGCAGUGUCGCUGAGCCCCCGGGCAGGGUGUAAUUUAAGGACUGUCCCUUGUCCCCGUAUUUAAUUGUGCUCUGGACGAGCUGCUGGUAAUUAUUUAACAGGUCCCGGUGGCCGGGUUUGGGGACAAAGCCACCUCGUCCCGCCGCGCUUUGGGGACCAGCGGUGGUGGCGCCGCACGGCGCCCCAGCCCCCGGGCAGUGCCAGGAGGGGCGUGGGGGCUGGCGGGGGCUGUCCCCAGUGUGGCACUGCUGUCCCCAGUGUGGCACUGCUGUCCCCAAUGUGGCAGUGCAGUCCUUAGUGGUGGCACUGCUGUCCCCAAUGUGGCACUGCAGUCCUUAGUGGUGGCACUGCUGUCCCCAGUGUGGCACUGCUGUCCCCUCUGGUGUCACUGCUGUCCCCAGGGAUGGCACUGCUGUCCCCUCUGGUGGCAUUACUGUCUCCAGCGGUGUCACUGCUGUCCCCUCUGGUGUCACUGCUGUCCCCAGUGUGGCACUGCUGUCCCCUCUGGUGUCACUGCUGUCCCCAGCCGCGGCGGAGCGAAGUGCGGGCACUUCCUUGGGAGCUGCGGCUGCUCCGGUCGGGGACCUGGCCCGGCUUGGGGAC